AACAAGCGCUAAAGAUAGUGUCGUGGAGACAUAAAUCACACUUAGGCAACAGCUUUUCCUAAAGGCACUUGCACAGAUCUGAUCAAACCACUUACGGGAACAGGCCUGGGAGAUAAAUGCGCCGGGUGUAGAUACCAUCUGGGGUGCAGGAGCUGGUUUGCCAUGUGGGUCACGAAACCCAAUCUAUGAACUGGCAAUAACAGCAAGUCGUUUGGCACUAUCUGCGCCGGGGAUCUCAACUCUUGCCGGAGUUGAAACAAACAGAGAGAUUUGCAAGAUUUGCAAGAAAAAAAAGAUUUCUUUUGUUGGGGUUGCUAUUUGGGAGCUGUUUUGAAGUUCAGAGAAAUGUCACCGAGACGGCCUUUGCGUUUUACGAUCGAAUCUUGCAAGAACAAAGGGGCGGUGCUCCGGCCCCUACCUGGCCUCUGUGCACACCUUGGCUCGAUGCAGCCCUAUAAAUCCCCAGCUUGCAGCAUCAGGUGCAUAUUAAUGCCAGACCUUUGCUGGCGAAGGCACGACUCAAACACAGUCUUAAUGCUGGGCAAAGCUCUUCCCGGACCCAUGAAGGAGCAAUAAGGAAACUGAGUCCCCAUCAUUUCUCCGGUUACAGUUAAAUAGGCAGUUUUCGAAGAAUAGCCUGCGGCCAAGAAUUACAAGUUGCGGUCAGAAUAAUAUGCGAACAGAUCAUGAAGAGCUCUGUGGCAGCAGUUAUGGAUCGUUCUGUCUAAACGGUGGGAUUUGUUACAUGAUACCAACGGUUUCCAGUCCUUUUUGCAGGUGUGUUGAAAACUACACAGGAGCUCGGUGUGGGGAAAUUUUGCUUGCAAGUAUCAAGGGCCAUUCGAGAGGAGAACUGUUUGCCGCUGUUUUGGCUUCGGUGGUCGUUCUGAGCGUCUUGGUGGCUGGAGCCUUCUUCUUUCUUUACAGGAAGGGACAGAUCUCACGGACCAGUUCAGCAGAACGUGGCGAAAGCCUUAUCGAAGGCGACAACAACGUUCUUCCCAACAAAAUCACCGAAUAAAGAGAUAAAAAGUAGGAAAGUUUGAAAUAAAAGCGGAAAUGGUCCAACGCCAACAACCGGAGCAGCCGUAGCAAAGCUAAAACUGAGUCGGGGACUAUGGAAUACAGAACACUAUUCCAAGAUACUGUGAAAGAAGACAAUAUUGCUAAUAUUUCGCAGGACGCAGAGUUUGAGCAUAGCUGUGCAUUGAUCAUGAUCUCGCCGUUGCCAGACAGAGAAUGCCAGAGGUACGUGAAGCUGCCAAGAGAUGGAUUAGAACCAGCUUUAUCUUCAAUAAUCGAAACAGAAGAAGUACUGUUGAAUCACGUCAGGACACCAUUGGGGGAUACCGAGAAAGCACUGCAUUCCAUCACUUCCUUUUUAUCAGAGGCAAAAUGUAUAUAUAUUUUAAAAGGUAUGGAAAAUAAAAAGGACGUUGGUUGUGUUGGAUGGAUCACCAUGGGUCAGAGAAGAUGUAGUCAACAAAAUAAUAAAAUUUACCUUUACACACUCUAAAACUUGCAGAAUCGUGAUAUGUAUCAAAGACAUGUUAUACUGCUCCUUUACUUUGAACUAGUUGGAAGGUUUCAGGCAACGAGACUUUUGGGAUACAAUGGUCAAAAUGGAUGUCAGUCAACAGAAUAUAUCUAGAACUGUGUUGAGCCACAAAGAAUGGUGGCUAAUGCCUGCUUUCUCUCAGAGUUACUGCACAAUCCUGGAAAAAGCACAACAGCUAGUAUACUGCACAACAGAAUCUCCCUUGUGAAAAUGAAGUGCGGACUUAGAUUUAUAAUUCAGUCGCGACCUGAGUGAAUCCGAUUACAAGGACAUGAAAUACUGCACUGGAGGCCAUUAUCAGUCACAUUUUCAUCUGCAAGCAUCUUUAUGUGAAAGGUCACUGAAAGGGAUUUAAAGGACUUGAUUCAGAAUCUGCUGCACGAAGGGACCGAAUGACUAUCCUAUGUCCAGACACUAUGCAGUUUCAUUAUUGUGCCAACUUAGGCCUGCAUUUUCAACAUAUGACAUUUAUGGAGUGGAUUGACUUGAGAGGGCUUCCAGCCAUUUUUUUUCCAAACAUAAAAAUCGUUCAUCUUAUAAGGCAAUGCAGAUAGACUUCUCCAGAUUAUUGUAUUUUUGGUGCAGUAGAAAUUAAUCUUCCCCAGCAUUAAAUCUGUAUCAUGUUAGUGUAAAAAUAGUGGAUUUUAAAAGGUGAAAUGCAAUUGCAUAUUAUGAUCACCUAUUGCCGUUGCACCACUUCUUAGGUUGUAAAAGUUUGGCUAAAAUGCUUUAAAAAUCCUUUGUGUGACUUUUCUUUCAUUCCAACACUAAAAGGGGACAGAGGUAGCUUUUGAAGGAGGUCUGGAAAACCAAAAUUGUGUACAAUGUGGCUGUUUCUGCUGAUAGGACCAGAAGGAGACUCCAAUCCAUGAGUGACAAGUUGUUCAUUUGCUGGUCUCAUAUACAGUAGAGUCUCACUUAUCCAAGCUAAACGGGCCGGUAGAAGCUUGGAUAAGCAAAUAUCUUGGAUAAUAAAGCGGGAUUAAGGAAAAACCUAUUAAACAUCAAAUUAGGUUAUGAUUUUACAAAUUAAGCACCAAAGCAUGUUAUACAACAAAUUUGACAGAAAAAGUAGUUCAAUACACAGUAAUGUUAUGUUGCAAUUACUGUAUUUACGAAUUUAGCACCAAAAUAUCAUGAUAUAUUGAAAACAUUGACUACAAAAAUGGCUUGGAUAAUCCAGAAGCUUGGAUAAGUGAGGCUUGGAUAAGUGAGACUUUACUGUAACUCUAAAGUGUUUGUUUAUAUAUAUGUUGUAUUUUUAUUAUGUGAGCCACACCUGUGAGGGUCUGGUUCUAAAAGGCUUAAUAAUGUAAUUAAAAGUUUAAAAAAUAAACAAAAGCUGGGUUGCUGUGAGUUUUUUGAGGCUGUAUGGCCAUGUCCAAGGAGCAUUCUCUCCAACACAUUAAACAAAAGCCAUAUUGUAUAUACAUAUAAUACUGAUAAUAAUAUUAUAAUGGAAUACAAUAUUAUACUACUAAUAAUACAAUAUAAUAUUAUUUAUAUGUUAUAUAUUAAAUGUAAUAUUGCCAUAUAAUGAUAUAGUACAAAAUAGUAAUUUAAUGCUUAUAUUGUGCUUUGCUAAUAAUAUAUUGUAUGUUCAUUUGAUUUGUAAGCCGCUCUGAGUCUCCUACGGGGUGAGAAGAGCGGGAUAUAAAUGUAGUAAAUAAAUAAAUAAAUAUAUAU